UAUUGGAUUUCAAUAUCUGAAGCUACGAGCAUGAAUGAAAGAUCAGUUGCUCAUCCUUCGAAACAAAUUUCUGGCUAUAUAUAGCAAGUGGCAAAGCAGAAAGUCUCCGGGCUAGUGACCCUUUAGCAACUUCAACUUGCAUACUAUCCUUCCAUUGCAAUAACAACAAACAUUAUGGACAGGGAAACGCCUGAUGAACGCCCACUGGUCGGAAACGACGGCGACUGGAAGAAGGAAAAAUUAGAAAAACUUGAAAAAUCAAAACAGGUUCAGUUAAGCGCACUGGAUGAUCUCGUUUCUGUGAACUCCCUUUUCACAAUAGCCAUCUUCUUGGGCUUAGCCUUCGCAUCUCCAUCUCAACAAAGCCUUGAUAAUCGACCGGAAUGUUCACCGGACGUCAAGAUGGAAAAGAGGCUUGUUCUUUAUGAAGUAGUAUCGUUUGCUUGCUUUCUCCUUUCAAGCCUGGUGGCCAAAUCUCUCAAGCUUUUCAUCAAUGUCCAAGACACCAAAGAAGCUAUGCAUGUUGAUCGAGCUCAUGAAUAUAAAGUGAUAAAGCCAAGUAGAGGUUUCAUGAUACUUUUGUCGGUGUUGGCGUCGACGAUUGGGGUGGUUUUUUUGACGAUUUCAAUGGUUGAUGUUGUUCAGAUAAAGAUCGGGAAGAUGUCGUGUGGGAUUUAUGAGACUCGUGCUGCUGUGAUAUCGCUAUGUGCUGUUGUGGCUCUGGCUCUCGUCAUUUAUUUACCUUCUACUGUGAUAACUAUUUUACGUUGUAUGUGUAGCCGUUAAACUUGUUUUGAUUUAAAGUUAUUUAUUUUAUUAAUUUUACUUAGUCAGCUGUGAAUAUUUGGUAGUGCCUAGUUUAUAGGGAAUAAUGCUGUUACUGCAGAUUAUUGAGCAAAUCUGUUGCAACAGAUUAUAGUAGCUCUGCUUAUAAAUUUGUGUAUCUAUUUUAGAGGUUAUUAUCGUGUGAUCAAUACAAAAGCUCUUUUCCUCUAACUUCUGUGUUCUAGUUUUAUACUCAAAUAAUUUGCUAGCAGUUUUGUUCUUAGGUACUCUGAUUAUCUAACACUUGGUAUCAGAGCCUUAAGAUCAAGGCCUUACUACAUGUCUCACAUUGAAGUUGAGAAAGCAUUGAGAGAGCAGAGAGAGAGAGAACAAAAAGAGAAAGAGCAAAAAGAUAGUGGAGAAACCUCUAAUGAAAUGAAUUCUUCUACAGGUACUGAUGUAGCCCUGCUCCCUGAAAAAGAAGGUUCAGUAACCUUGAAGUAUCCCUUGCUGACAAAAAGCAAUUAUGCAGCAUGGGCUAUAAAGAUGGAAGUCUUUAUGAUGGCUCAAGGUGUGUGGGACGCAGUAGAGUCACCGGGUCCAGUUGAUAAACGGAAAGAUAAAAUGGCACUAGCAGCCAUUUAUCAAGGUAUAGGAGAAGAUACCUUGCUUCAAUUGGGCGCAAAGAAAACUGCGAAGGAGGCAUGGAACAUGCUGAAAACCAUGAACCAAGGGGCUGACAAGGUGAAAGAGGUUCGAACUCAGACUUUGUGGAGAGAGUUCGAAGCUUUGAAGAUGAGUGAGUCCGACAAUGUUGAUGAUUUUUCAAGUAAGCUCACAAUUAACGUCAACAAGUUAAGGAGUCUCGGAAACACUGUAGAAGAAGAGAAAGUGGUCAAGAAGAUGUUACGGUCUGUUUCAUCGAAAUUUCUUCAGAUCGCGUCAACCAUUGAAGAAUUUAGUGACCUAUCCACCAAGUCAGUUGAGGAGGUGAUAGGUUCACUCAAAGCUCACGAAGAGAGACUGCUGAGUUGUGGCGGCAGAUCUGAUGAGACGGUUCUUCUUACUAGAGCAGAGUGGAAGGCGAAGGAAGAUGCCAAGAAGAACAAAUGUAAAUCAAAAGAGACCACCAGUUCAAGAGGUGGAUAUGGAAGAGGACGUGGUAGAGGCAGGAAUUACAGUAAUCAUCAAAGAAAAGAAGGUGAUUCACAACAGUCAAAGAAAAAAUUUGACAAGUCAAAAAUCAAAUGUUAUGGGUGCGGAAGAAUGGGGCAUUUCGCAUCAGAAUGCACCUCAAAGGAGAAGGAGGAGCAAUCAAAUUUGACCGAAAGAGAUGAUGAAGAACAGUCCCUGUUGAUGGUUGAAGCUGUUGAGGUAAAUAAUCAGAAUUCGGAUCAAAUUUAUUUUGAAGAAUCUACCCUGAUGAUUGAAGCUGUUGAAUUGAAUGGAGAACAAGAAGUGUAUGUUGCUGCCACAAAUGGGAGUUUGAUGAAAGGAGCAGGUUGGUAUCUCGACACAGGAGCUACUAAUCAUAUGACAGGUGACAAAAGUUGUUUUGUUGAAAUUGAUAAUACAAUUUGUGGCAAGGUUAAAUUUGGUGAUGGUUCUGUAAUUAAUAUACAUGGUUUUGGGUCAGUAAUGUUUCAAUGUAAAAACGGUGAACAUCUAACCCUAACUAAUGUAUAUUAUAUCCCAAAAUUAAAAAGUAAUAUAAUUAGCCUUGGCCAAAUUGAUGAAAGUGGUGGCAGAAUUUCCAUUGGAGGAGGAAUUCUAAAAGUCUAUGACAACACAAAUAGACUUAUAAUCAAAGUGGAAAGGCAACAAAACAGACUGUAUAUCGCAGAAUUGCAGAUUGCAGAGAAGAUUUGUUUGAUGACCAGCAUCGGUGAACCAAAUUGGCUUUGGCAUGCUAGGUAUGGCCACCUAAACUUUCAAGCUUUGAAGAAGCUGGCUAAAGAGAAGAUGGUGAAAGGAUUGCCAAAUAUCACACUUCCAAAUCAAGUCUGUGAUGGGUGUGUGCUGGGCAAACAACAUCGAAAACCUUUCCCACAAGCAACGAUGUACAGGGCCAAAGAGAAACUUGAACUGGUGUAUGGCGAUCUCUGCGGUCCAAUCACACCGACAACAGCAGGAGGUAAUCAGUAUUUUAUGCUUCUUGUAGAUGAUUAUUCACGUUACAUGUGGAUCUUAUUAUUGAAAAGCAAGGGUGAAGCAUAUGAAGCUUUCAAGAUAUUCAAGAAGAAAGCUGAAGCUGAGUCAGAUACAAAGCUGAAAUGUUUCAGAACAGAUCGUGGUGGUGAAUUCCUCUCAUCUGACUUCAAAAAAUUUUGCGAAGAUGAGGGGAUUAAGCGCCAAUUGACUGCACCUUACUCCCCGCAGCAGAACGGUGUUGUAGAAAGGCGAAAUCAGACUGUGGUAGAAAUGAUGAGAAGCAUAAUGAAAAGCAAGAAGGUUCCAGCAAACUUAUGGGGUGAAGCAGCUAGAACUUCAGUCUAUUUGUUGAAUAGAUGUCCAACCAAGAGUGUUGAAGGUAUGACUCCUUAUCAAGCUUGGUAUAACAAGAUACCAAAUAUACAACAUUUAAGAGUAUUUGGUUGUCUUGUUCAUACCAAGACAGUGAAAUCCCAUAUUGCUAAGUUAGAUGACAGAAGUGAAAAAGGAAUUUUGCUUGGUUAUGAAGAUGGCUCUAAGGCAUAUAGAGUUUAUAAUCCCAGCAAAAGAAAAAUCUUAAUCAGUAGGGAUGUGAUUUUUGAAGAAAAUGAAAGCUGGCCGUUUGAUGAAGAGAAGGAACAACAAGACUGUACAGAGAUGUUUACCGUACAGAUAAAUGAAUUAGGGGGUGAAGGCAUACUUGAAGCAGCAGAUGCGUUAAAAACUUCUUCAACGCAAUCUACUUCCCCAGGUACACCAAUUUCAGAAGAAAAUUCUCCUCUAAUUCAAUCACCUUCUUCAGCUAUUUCAGGUUCAGAAACGAGCUCCACUUCACCAAAGAAAUUCAGAUCGUUGCAGGAAAUUUAUAAUGAAACUCGUCAAAUUGAUGAAGAAGCUGGGUUGUGUUUCUUAUCAAUGGAGGAACCAGCACGCUUUACAGAGGCAGUAAGUGACGAGAAUUGGAAGCGAGCUAUGGAAUCUGAAAUUGAUUCCAUUCAAAAGAAUGGAACUUGGGAGCUAUCUGAGUUGCCGAAAAAUCAAAAAGCAGUUGGACUCAAAUGGGUUUUUAAGCUGAAGAAGGAUCCAAACGGCAAGAUCAUCAAGCAUAAAGCCCGUUUAGUUGCAAAGGGAUAUGUGCAGAAGUAUGGAGUUGAUUACAAGGAGGUCUUUGCUCCUGUAGCAAGAAUUGAAACUGUCAGAACAAUCCUUGCUUAUGCUGCUCAAAAACAGUGGAGAGUUCACCAUUUGGACGUGAAGACGGCAUUUUUAAAUGGAGAAUUAGAAGAGGAGGUGUAUGUGAGUCAACCAGAUGGCUUUGUUGACAAGAAUAAUCCACAGAAGGUGCUGCGUUUACACAAGGCACUAUAUGGUUUAAAACAGGCACCGAGGGCCUGGAAUGCUAAACUGGAUCAAAGUUUAAAGUCACUUGGUUUCAGCAAAUGUUCGUUUGAACAUGCUCUAUAUAUGAAGAAGGAAGGAAAAGAUGUUACAGUGGUGGGAAUAUAUGUUGACGAUUUAAUUCUCACCGGCUCAAAUGGGUCUCUAAUUGAAACAUUCAAAUUAGAGAUGAUGAAACUGUUUGAGAUGAGUGACUUGGGUCUGCUGAGUUACUAUCUUGGAAUUGAGGUAAAACAAAAUUCUGAUUGUAUAUCUCUUUGUCAAGCAGGUUAUGCAAUCAAAAUUCUUGAAAAAACAGGGAUGCUUAGUUGCAACAGUACUCGUAUUCCAAUGGAGCCAAAGAGCAAGCUAAAAAAACAAGACGGUGAGCCACUAGUUGAUGCCACAGAAUAUAGAAGAAUUAUUGGGAGUCUGAGGUAUUUGGUGAACACACGCCCAGACCUUGCGUACUCUGUUAGUGUAGUCAGCCGGUACAUGGAUGCGCCAACGGUAACACACAUGAAUGCUGUGAAGCAAAUCUUAAGGUAUAUAAGAGGAACUACUGGUUUGGGUGUUGUUUAUAAGAAGAAUCAAGGAAAUGAAGAACUCAUAGGUUACAGUGAUAGUGACCUUGCUGGAGAUACUGAUGAUAGGAAAAGUACCUCUGGAAUCAUUUAUUUUCUUGGAGAAAGUCCAAUUACAUGGGUUUCACAUAAACAAAGAAUUGUAGCAUUGUCUUCAUGUGAAGCUGAAUAUAUAGCAGCAACAGGUGGAGCUUGUCAAGGGAUUUGGCUCACAAAGAUAAUUCAAAGUUUGAGUGGAGAUGAUCAAGUCAAACCAGUUCUGAAGGUUGAUAACAAAUCAGCUAUUUCGUUAGCCAAAAAUCCAGUCUUCCAUGACAGGAGUAAGCAUAUAGAUACAAGAGUUCAUUUUAUCCGUGACUGCGUUCAACGAGGAGAUGUUCAGCUUGAAUAUGUGAAGACUGAAGAACAAAUAGCUGAUUUACUGACAAAACCACUUGCUCGACAAAGAUUCAUUGAAUUAAGAGACAAAAUUGGUGUCAAACAAGUUUAAGGGGGUGAUUGUAGCCGUUAAACUUGUUUUGAUUUAAAGUUAUUUAUUUUAUUAAUUUUACUUAGUCAGCUGUGAAUAUUUGGUAGUGCCUAGUUUAUAGGGAAUAAUGCUGUUACUGCAGAUUAUUGAGCAAAUCUGUUGCAACAGAUUAUAGUAGCUCUGCUUAUAAAUUUGUGUAUCUAUUUUAGAGGUUAUUAUCGUGUGAUCAAUACAAAAGCUCUUUUCCUCUAACUUCUGUGUUCUAGUUUUAUACUCAAAUAAUUUGCUAGCAGUUUUGUUCUUAGGUACUCUGAUUAUCU